AGGGCACAGCAGCAGGCUUCUGAGCAGAAGUGUGUACUCCCCUUACCAGCAGGAACUGUGGGUGUCUGUGCCAGUCUGUCUUGGGCAAGUGUUGAGCAAUGGAGAGAAGGCUGGAUGAACAGAGAGCAUGCCCCAGCCUCACAGCAGCCCCCGACAGCUGACAGAGCCUUGUGUGGACCCUAGGCGGGAACGGGUCUGACAGCUCCCCUGAAGAUGGACCGUCACAACAUGUCCUGGAUCCGCUACCCUAGCCAUGUGUCCCCAGCUGUGGAGGACGUCAUUGCAGCACAGACCGUCAUUUCCAGGUGCAUGCAAGUGUAUGUAGCAGUGUGUGUCCCACUGAGCCUAGGGACGGGGCUCUUCAGUCUCAUCGUGUUCAUCCAGGACCGUACUAGGCUGGGGGUGCUGGACAGGCUUCUUGCAGGCCUCACUGUCACUAGCAUCUUUGUGACUCUACUGUCCCUCAAUGCUGCUGGCCGGCCUGAUUACAUGUCCACCACAAACCUGGGCUGUGGAGCACUCUCUUUCUUCUUCAACGUCUGCUACUUUACAGCUCAGUACCUGCAGGGGGCCAUGCUUGUCCUAUCUCUUCUGCUGGGAUCUCCAGCCCACCAGCUCUUGGCGAGGCCUGUGGCAAGCCUAGCUGCCAUCGGGGGCUGUGCUGUGUGUAGCUCGCUCAUCGUGGUGUCCCUGCUGGGCACAUCUGGGGAGCUGCACACAACCACCAUGUGUCAGGUGGAUCCACUGACGGCAUGGCCUGAAUACGAGAUUGUCAAGUUCAGCCUAGGCUUCGCAUUUGCCCUGAGCUUCCAGAUGGUUCUCUUCCUCCUGUAUGCCAUGCAGCCAGCCUGGAGGGUGGCUCCUGCUCCGAAGGACACAGCCUCUGGGCGCUGGGUGGUACUGGUCGUGGCUCUCAACAUGUUUGCCUGUAGACUCUUCUUUAAUGCGGUCCUCCUGCAUCGGGCCCAGCUGAAGCUUUGGAAGGAUGUGGGCUCCCCCAGAGAUGAGCUGCUCAUGAACCUCGCGGAGCUGGCCCUGUCUAUAGAGAGCUGCAUCAACUUGGUGGCCACCCUCUUCCUGCACCCCCGGUGCAGGCUCAGGCUGCUGGGCCUCCUUGAACGCCUCACACAGAGAUGUAGGCGGGGAGCGGACAACAGCGUGCCCUUGAGCAGAGUAGGGGGCUAGACAGGGCCGGCCUUCUGGCACAAGCCACACCUCUUCCAGGUGUCCAGGGAAGAGUACCUUUCUAGGGAGCCUGGGCAGGGCUCCUAUGGUCUGGAUAGUGCUUAAGAAACAUGAGCUUGCCUUCGUCCACCUAUGCAAAACAAGACAGUUUCUCUUUUCAAAUCAAUAGACGCACUUUGAGGAACAUUCGGGUCAAGGACACA